AUGGGCUUCCCCACCGGCUAUCCCGAGCUCCCUAAGCUGCUCCUCCACCUGCUGUUCCUAUUGGGUCACCUGCGGAAGCUCCUCAACUGGAUCUCCCGCUGCCUCGGCCUCUCGGACUCUGACGCCGACCUCCACCAGGCGGUGGGCAUCUGCUUACUCCUCCCUGUGGUACCGGCGGAGCUGAUCCAGGAGGUCUCCCCCGCGACCCGGUUCGGGGACCUGGCGGGAGGCGAGAGCUGCUGCUGCGCGGUGUGCCUGUCCGAGUUCGAGCCCGCGGACGAGGUCAGGCGGAUGAGCGACUGCCGCCACGUCUUCCACCGCCACUGUGUCGACCGGUGGCUCGAGCACGGGCAGCGCACCUGCCCCCUCUGCCGCGCCCCGCUGUUCCCACCCGAACCGCCCGCCGCCGACGACGACGAAGACUCCCCCUGCUCCCUUCCGCUGCCGCUAGGGUUGCCCUCGCCCUAGAAACCUCGGGUGGCGAAGCAAUUCCUCAGACGGACUCGGUCAUGCCUGGUCUUUUCCGGAGGAGAGGAGCGAUAAAGAUGGAUUGAAAUUGGGGAUUUUGGUUAUGGAGAUCGAGGGAGGAGUCAGCUAUCAGAUCGUCGAUCGAGGGGGAAUCAGUUUCAAUGUCUAGUCGAAUCAUUGAAUCCUACGCCCAGUUUCUUCUCUGGACUACCAGCAAAAAUUUUUGUUGCUGAAUGUUUGUGAACUCCAAAAGACUGAAACAAAGCUUUUUUUCCCCCUCUUUCAGAAUAACGAUACGAUAUUUGUGCAUUCUAUUGACUUGGCGACAUCAUAUUGGCUGGCUAAACAGAGCUUGUUUUAGAAAGAAUUUAUAACUCUUGUUAGAAUGUGUUAGGUUUGAUGAAUUUGUUAUGAAAUCUUAAUUUUCAUUA